AUGCGUAGUCUCACUGAUGCUCGAGAAGCUUGGCUUAUGCUUAAGACAUUCACGAGUGUUCGUGAACUCAAAGAUGCCGUCCGACCAGGACCGAAGGGCUCCAUCGCCGUCAACGGUCUCCGCUCAGCAUGUUGGAUGGCCUUUCUCCUCUUCGACACUUUGGAUGCGACCGUAUGGCAGAAGACAUUAAAGUCAUCGCGAUCUGCAUACGACUCUCUACGGUCACACUUCCUUCGCUUCAUCGAGAACCCCGACGAAGUCAAUCUGGGCUUUGAUCCUUUGAGUCAAGAUUCGGAGGCUUCGCCUUGGUCGCAGCUGGGCAAGGAUGAGGAAUUGCGAGCAGAAAUCAUGAAAGAUGUCCAACGGUGCAUGCCUGAGGUCGACUACUUCCGAUUGACGCAGACGCAACAAAUGAUGCUGGACAUCUUGUUCAUCUUCUGCAAGCUCAAUCCUGAUAUUGGAUACAAGCAGGGCAUGCAUGAGCUCUUGGCCCAUGUGCUCUGGGUCGUGCAAACCGAUGCGAUCGAUCUCGGGCAGGCCAGUAGGACCCUGGGCGAAGAUGCAGUUAUCAGUUUCGUGUUCGAUUCUGCUCACAUCGAACACGAUUCCUUUACAAUAUUCGGGCAGAUCAUGCAGAGCUCGAAAACCUUUUAUGUCUCAGAAGGGCCUGAAUCCAUUGCUACACGGAGUUAUCGCAUCUCUAACGAGCUGCUCCCUUUAUACGACCCUGCACUAGCUGAGCACCUCACCAAUUUGGAUGUCGUCCCACAGAUAUAUCUGAUCCGAUGGAUUCGAUUAUUAUUUGGUAGGGAGUUCGAGAUGGACGAUGUGCUGGCAUUGUGGGACGUCCUAUUUGCCGAGGACCAGACGUUGGAAAUUGUCAACUACAUCGCGAUUGCAAUGUUGUUACGAGUACGAUGGCAUCUCCUGGAAGGUGAUUACAACACUGUUCUUGGAAUUCUAUUGAAAUAUCCACGUCAAGGUCCAGAGUUUCCUGCACAGGCGCUUCUUCUCGAUGCGCUCUACCUUCAGACUCAUCGGGAUACCCAGGGGGCCAGUGUGCUUGUGCUUAAAUACACCGGACGACCUUUGCUGCAACCAGGUCGACCAGCCACGCCUCCAGCCUUGCAGCGCAAUAUCACGGCAUUCUCCGGCUUUAGUAUACCGCGAAGCCCUAGGAUUGGGUUUUCGCCGCCCCGAGCUAGUCGUCAGACCCGUAACAUCGAAGCCAUACUCCAGAACACAGCCAAAAACAUAUAUGCUCAAAGCGAGAAACUUGGCAUCGGCAAGGCUGUCCGGAACGCAGUGGACGAAGUGCACAGGAAGGCGCAGGAGAUUCGAGAUGUCCAAACGCCAGCAUCGCCAGCGUGGAGGAGGCAGAGUGGACUUCGCCCGAAUGAUAAAAUCCGUGAGCUUGAAGAGCGCAAUCGACAGCUUUCCGCAUUGCUCACAGAAGCCGUCAGCGAGAUGUGGGAGCAUCAGAAGAUUAUCGGCGAUAGCAUCGUUGACGAUGAGAAGACCACCGCAGUGGUUGGUGACAGUGUGGAUAAGCUUGGAGCAGCGAUUGCGAAGGUGCAAUUUGUGCAGGUUUACCUGGACGAUCCCACUUUGGUGCUUUCUCUCGAGGAUACCGGCGACCUUGACGUAGAUACCAACACUGCUUCAGACACGGUAAUGGAAGCAUCGCAGAUCGAGCAGGAAAGCAGCGAGGUGAACGUCAAGGAAAAAGAUGCGGUCGGAAUUGAAGAUCCUUUCAUUGACGAGGAACUGCCGUCACAGGGACCGGAGUCAGGUGCUCAAGCCAGACCACUGGCAGACCCUGCAUCGUUUGAAGAUGCUUUAGCCACGCCGCUAGAGCUGUCGGAAGCACCAUUGGCAGCUCUUCGGACCGAUUUGGACAUCGGUCUUCCAAGCCCAGCCGACUCUACAAUCCUUCCUGUGAGAAACGCGACAUCCAGCACGCAUGUCAACCAGGCGGAAAGCAAAAGGCCGCCGCUGGAGCAAAGCGCAUAUUCAUUCAUUCUGGGCCAGGACGCAGCGGACGAGCAGCGAGGCGGCUUGAGCAGCUCCAAGAACUCAUUGCAGACACCAGGAAGGGCCAAGGUAUCGUUGUUCGGAGAGACGCCAGGAAGAGGAAAGUCUCCUCGAGCUGCCGUCGAUGGUGAUGGGUUCGUUGACAACAAGGAUGACUUCGACAUCGGCAGUCUCCGGAGGGCAAAGGGACCCAAAUGA